AAAACUACUAACAAACCCCAAGAGUUAUUCGUGUCUAUGUAUAUAUAUCUAUCUUUGAUCCAAGCACCUCAAUUGAUGAGAUUCAAACAGGGAAGGUAGAUCAUGACAGCAAUCAAAACGGAUCGUCAUCUUCACGCCAAGAAAUAUUCCUUCAGCUCACUCGCGAUGCUCUCUUUCUUCUUAGCUGCAUUAAUCUGUCUCUGCACAUUCACUCCCUUCUUCUCCGUCUCCUUCCUCACGCAACAGCACUUCAUUCCGCCGGUGACGGAGAGAGACUACCUGGAAGAGGCGCUGGAGAGGGCGUCAUCGGCGAGGAGCAAAACGGUGAUCAUAACGAUAAUCAACAAGGCGUACGUGGAGCCGGUGAACGAACAUAAUCCGUCGAUGCUGGAUCUCUUCCUCGAGGGAUUCUGGGAGGGAGAGGAGACGCGGCCGCUCGUGAACCGGUUGCUGGUGGUCGCCAUGGACCGGACCGCCUACCAGCGCUGCGUUUUCCGGCGGCUGCACUGCUACCGCCUGAGGACUAACGGCGUCGAUUAUGCCUCCGAGAAGAUUUACUUGUCCAAGGGUUUUGUGAGUAUGAUGUGGCGGAGAACUCUCUUCCUAACGGAUGUUCUUAAACGGGGUUACAACUUCAUCUUCACCGACACGGACAUAAUGUGGCUAAGGAACCCAUUCCGGCGGCUGAGCCACAACGUUUCGGAGGACAUGCAAAUAAGCACCGACCAGUUCAACGGCGACCCCUGGUCGGCAUGGAAUCCGAUCAACACCGGCUUCUACUACGUCCGAUCAAACAACAGAACCAUCGCGCUGUUCGAAACGUGGUACAGCUCGCGGAAGAUCUACCCGAGCCGGAUGAAGGAGCAGGACGUGCUGGCGAAGAUGAAAAGGCAAGGCACGCUGGAGGAGCUGGGCCUGGUGGUCCGGUGCCUGGACGUUCUCUACUUCAGCGGCUUUUGCAGCGACAGCAGGGACGUCACGGCGGUCGCCACCGUCCACGCCAACUGCUGUAAGACCAUCCGGGCCAAAGUGGCCGAUCUGCGGAACGUCCUCAGAGAUUGGAGGAGUUACAGGUCGUCGGCGCCGUAUUCUAGUCGAGAAGAACUCGUGGAGAAUUUCGAGUGGUCGGACCAUGUUUCCUGUAAAAAUUCCUGGACGGUGCCUAACACGACGGCGGCGGUGCAAGGGCCGCCGGCGAGUUCGUUUCAGGACUACUAGACUACGUACGAGCUGAGGUCGAUCGGUUGGACUUAGCUUGAUUAGGUACCAAGUUAUAUUAGCAGUAUACCACGAUGUUUAAAUUAAAUGCUUAAUUAUGUAGCCAGUUGAGUCUAAUGUGACGUUGUUUUAGAGUAUUGCACAUAAUAUAAGCGUACAUAUACUUU